AUGGCGCUUUCUACAGCGGUGAAGGACGGUGAUCUUGUAAAGACAAGGUCUAUUCUGGAAGACGAGACAGGUGAUACUAAGCUAGUAAUGCUACGCAGUGUGGAUUCCGAUGGAAAGACACCCCUCCACAUCGCUUCAGAAGAAGGACAUAUUAACCUCGUGAAAUAUAUGACUGAUUUGGGGGCGGAUAUAGAAAAGAAAAGUAGAAGUGGCGACGCCCCUCUUCACUAUGCGUCUCGGAGUGGUCGCCAGAAUGUUGCUCAAUAUCUCAUCGGGGAAGGAGCAGAUACCAAUAUUGGCAAUAACAAUGGCUAUACACCUCUCCAUCUUGCUUCGGAGGAAGACCAUGUUGGUGUUGUAGAAUGUUUAGUAAAAUCUGGAGCAGAUAUAAACAAAUUUUCAUGUGAUGGUUCUACACCCCUUUAUACUUCAGCAAGACAGGGUCGUCUUGCUGUGGUGAAAUAUCUCAUAACUCAAGGAGCAGACAUGACAUUAAAGGGAUGUGAAGGUAAAACUUCUCUUAGUACUGCGGCUUCCUGUGGUCAUCUCGAUGUAGUUAAGUAUCUCUUAACUGAAGGUGCAAAUAUCAACAUGGAUGACAACAACAAGUACACACCACUUCACGCUGCAUCAAGAGAGGGUCACCUUCAUGUUGUUGAAUGUCUGGUGAAUGCAGGAGCUGAUAUAAAUGAAGCAUCUCAUAACGGUUACACUCCGCUGUCAACCGCAUUAAAAGAGGGAAAUCAGGGCAUUGUGGAGUUUCUCAUAGUUAAUGAAGCAGAUAUUGGCAACAUCAAUGACGUCGGUCCACUUGUGCUUUCGAAAGCAUCAUCAGAGGGAUACACCGACGUUGUAAGGUAUAUCAUAACUAAAGGGGUAAACUACGAUUUGGGUGAUAAUGAUUGUUUGACACCACUACAUCACGCGUCACAGAAUGGUCAUCUCCAAGUUGUUGAAUGUCUGGUGGAUGCAGGAGCAAAUGUCAACAAAUCAUCCAAUAACGGACACGCACCUCUCUAUACUGCAUUGAUUAAAGGUCACCUUGACAUUGUAAAAUAUUUUAUCCUUACAUCGGCAGAUAUUGGGAUCAGAGAUGACAUCUGCACAAACGCAAUUCGUCAUGCGUUUAUUUAUGGGUAUCACGAUGUUUUAAAAUAUCUCAUCGGUAAAGUUGAUGACCUUGAUAGGUGUGAUGUUGAUGGUAACACACCUCUUUAUCUUGCAUCAAAGACAGGCCUUUUCGACCUUGUUGAGUGCAUCGCGAAUAAAGGAGCAAAUGUGAACAAAGCAUCAGGACAUGAUGGUCUCACGCCCCUCUACGCCGCUUCACAAGGAGGAUAUCUCGAGGUAGUUGAGUGCCUCGUGAAUAAAGUAGCAGAUGUGAACAAAGCAUCGGGACAUGAUGGUCCUACGCCUCUCUACGCCGCUUCACAAGAAGGCUAUCUCGGGGUAGUUGAGUGCCUCGUGAAUAAAGGAGCAGAUGUGAACAAAGCAUCAGGACAUGAUGGUCUCACGCCCCUCUACGCCGCUUCACAAGGAGGCUAUCUCGGGGUAGUUGAGUGCCUCGUGAAUAAAGGAGCAGAUGUGAACAAAGCAUCAGGACAUGAUGGUCUCACGCCCCUCUACGCCGCUUCACAAGGAGGCUAUCUCGGGGUAGUUGAAUGCCUCGUGAAUAAAGGAGCAAAUGUGAACAAAGCAUCAGGACAUCAUGGUACACCGUUACGUGGAGCAACGGAAGGGGAACAUAUACUAGUUGUGACAUACCUCAUAUCUAAAGAGGCAGAUCUAAAUACAUGUUGUGCUGAUGAUAAUAACUAUACCCUUCUUCAUAUUGCUUCAAAGACAGGUCACCUUGAUAUUGUUGAGUGUCUCGUAAAUGCAGGAGCAGAUGUAAACAAGGUAUCACACGAUGGUUAUGCACCACUAGCCAUAGCAUUACGUUAUGAACAACGGGAAAUAGCAGAAUUUCUCAUGGCAAAGGAAGCAGAUCUGGGACAUACUGAUAAUUGCAAUACUCUCCUCCAAAAUGCAACUUCCAAGGGUAAUAUCGAUGCUGUAAAGUAUAUCAUACGUAAAGGAGUUGACGUUUAUACUGGCGAUGGAUAUGGUUUUACAUCCCUCCAUUACGCGACACGAAACGGACAAAUCGAUGUUGUUAAAUGUCUGGUGAAUGCAGGAGCUGAUGUCAAAAAAGCAGCAAAGAAUGGCGAGAAAUCUCUCUACACGGCGUCAUAUAAAGGUCAUGUAGACAUUGUAAAAUAUCUAAUUUCUAAAGGCGCCAACCCGAAUUGUGUUGAAAACGAUGGUUAUACACCACUGUACAUUGCCUCACAAGAGGGUCAUCUUGAUGCUGUUAGAUAUCUAGUAAAUGCAGGAGCUGAUGUCAAGAAAGCAGCAACGAAUGGCGCGACACCUCUUUAUGCGGCAUCAUCUAAUGGUACAGUAGACAUUGUAAAAUGUCUCAUUUCUAAAGGGGCCAACCCGAAUUCGGUUGAUAACUAUAGUUAUACACCCCUGUACAUUGCAUCACAAAAGGGCAAUAUUGAUGUUGUUGAAUGUCUAGUUAAUGCAAGAGCUGAUGUAAACAAAGCAAUAAAGAAUGGCAUGACACCUCUUCAUGUGGCGUCAGAUAAUGGUGAAGUAGACAUUGUAAAAUAUCUCAUUGCUAAAGGGGCUAACCCGAAUUCGGUUGAUAACAAUGGUUAUACACCUUUGUUUAUUGCCUCACACAAUGGUUCUCUACAGGUUGUUGAAUGUCUGGUGGAUGCAGGAGCAGAUAUCAACACACCAUCGAAUAACGGACAUGCACCACUCUAUACUGCAUUGAUUAAAGGUCACCUUGACAUUGUAAACUAUUAUAUCACUAGAAAGGCAGAUAUCGGGAUCAGAGAUGACAUCGGCACAACGGCAAUUCGACAUGCGUUUCUUAAUGGUUACCUCGAUGUUGUCAAAUAUCUCAUCGGUAAAGUUGAUGACCUUGAUAGGUAUGAUAUUGAUGGUAACACACCUCUUUAUCUUGCAUCAGAGAAAGGCCUUCUCGACCUUGUUGAGUGCCUUGUGAGUAAAGGAGCAGAUCUGAACAUAGCAUCAGGGCAUGACGGAUACACGCCCCUCUACGCUGCUUCACAAGGAGGCUAUCUCGAGGUAGUUGAGUGCCUUGUGAGUAAAGGAGCAGAUCUGAACAUAGCAUCAGGGCAUGAAAGAUACACGCCCCUCUACGCCUCUUCACAAGGAGGCUAUUUCGAGGUAGUUGAGUGCCUCGCGAAUAAAGGAGCAGAUGUGAACAAUGCAUCCGGACAUGAUGGUCUCACGCCCCUCUACGCCGCUUCACAAGGAGGCUAUCUCAAGGUAGUUGAAUGCCUAGUGGAUAAAGGAGCAGAUGUGAACAAAGCAUCAGGACAUCAUGUAAAUGCAGGAGGAGAUGUAAACAUAGCACCAAAGAAUGGCAUGACACCUCUUUUUGCUGCAUCAGAUACUGGUGCAGUAGACGUUGUAAAAUGUCUCAUUUCUAAAGGGGCCAACCCGAAUUCGGUUGAUAACGAUAAUUAUACACCCCUGAGCGUUGCCUCACUUGAGGGCCAUCUUGAUGUUGUUAAAUGUCUAGUAAAUGCAGGAGGAGAUGUAAACAUAGCACCAAAGAAUGGCAUAACACCUCUCUAUACGGCGUCAUAUAAAGGUCAUGUAGACAUCGUAAAAUUUCUCAUUUCUAAUGGUGCGAACCCGAAUACAGUUUAUUCAGAUUAUUACACAACCCUGAGCAUUGCCUCACUUGAGGGUGAUCUUGAUGUUGUUGAAUGUCUUGUGAAUGCAGGAGCUGAUGUGAACAAAGCAGCAAAGAAUGUUGAUACACCCCUGUACGUUGCCUCACGCAAGGGUCAUCUUCGCGUUGUUGAAUGUCUAGUGAAUGCAGGAGCUGAUGUAAACAAAGCAAACAAAAAUGGCACAACACCUCUUCAUGUAACAUCAGAUAAAGGUGCAGUUGACGUUGUAAACUAUCUAAUUUCUCAAGCUGCGAACCCAAAUACUGUUGAUAACGAUGGCUAUUCACCUUUACAUGCUGCUUCACAGAAAGGCCAUCUUGAUGUUGCUGAAUGCCUAGUAAAUGCAGGAGCUGAUGUCAAGAAACCAGCAACUGAUGGUGAUCUACCACUUCAUGCUGCCUCUCAUAAUGUUAACCUGGAAGAAAUAGACAUUGACCAGAAGGUAGAUGUUUUCAAUAACUCUCUUGCGUCAAAUCUUGAUCGUCACGCACCAGUCAAGCAAAGGAAAGUGAAACUGCGUCCCUAUGCUCCUUGGUACAACCAUGAAAUCCGGAAGGCUAAACAAGCUCUUCGUGCAAAGGAAAGGCGGUGGAAAAGACCAGGUGCUCAUCUACAACAGUAG